AUGAUAACUAAUAAUGAUUUAAGUCAAUAUCAAAUAGGUACAAAAGUUUUAAAUAAAACAUUUUCCUCUUCAUCAAAAUCACUGGAUAUAGCAUUAGGAUUUCUUAAUGAUAAUCCUCAUAAGGAUGAUCGAUUAAGUACAAUAUGUAUUUAUGAAAUACGCUAUGAACGAAUCGCAUUAGAUCUUCAAGAUAUAUCAUUGUUUAAAUACGAAGAGGAAGUUUUAAUUUUACCGUAUGUAGCAUUUAAAAUAAUUGAUAUUCACAUCAAUGAAGAUAAAUCACCUAGAGUUGAAAUCGAACUGAAAGAAUGCGAACCAUGGUAA